UAGAGUCAGUUUUGUGACAGGCUUGUGUGUACGUAUGUCAUGUUUCACAUCAGCGAUUUUGGGGACUAAAAUGAUAUCGAAAUAAUGAAAAGCGCAAUUGUCAUAAUAAAAUCCGUUGAAAAUGUUUUCGCAACGAAGCUGAGUUACUAGUUGCGAGUUGUUCGUGUGGCACAUAACGACAGUUAAUUAAUCUCUUUAAUUAAUAACUUGUGCAACCGCGUAUUUUUACGCAGCUUUAUUAAACUGUUAUGUUUAGAUAUAAAUACAUUUUGUUUAGUAAAUGCAUUCAGUAGCGAUAAGCUGAUGAUUGAAAAGUGGAUAAAAUGCCGAUAUAUCCUGACAAUUUUGUUGACUUUGGGUAUGAUGAACGCUUUCAUCAUGAGAGUGAACAUCAGUGUGGCUAUUGUGGCCAUGGUUGACGCUCCAGAGAUUGAUAAGACCGACGUUCACGAAUGCAGAUAUUUAGUAGCUGAAGAUGAAACAUCAGAUUCCGUAGGACUGCAGAAUAUCACUAGAAUCGAGAAACCAUUCAAAUGGGAUGCAAAGACACGCGGAUGGAUUCUUAGCGCUUUUUAUUACGGAUACAUCACAACUCCUCUGCUAGGCGGAUGGCUAGAGCAUCGCUUUGGUGGUAAAAUAGUGUUUGGAUCUGCGGUUUUUUUUUCGUCUCUUGUCACUUUGUUGAUGCCAACGAUGUCAUUUGUCGGUCCAUGGGCCCUUGUAGCAUCACGCGUAAUAUUGGGAAUCGUUCAGGGUCCUGUAUAUCCAUCUCAUCAUGGAAUGUGGGGGAAAUGGGCUCCUCCAGUUGAAAGAUCUAAACUAAUGUCUAUUGCCAUGACAGGUCCUUAUGUUGGAGUGGCUAUUGCAUACCUUGUCUCUGGUGCCUUGGCCGACAGUAGAUUUUUCAAAGGGUGGCCGUCAAUAUUUUAUGCCACAGGAACAUUUGGAGUGGCAUGGAGUGUUUUAUGGGCUAUACUGGCGUUUGAUUCUCCAGAAACACACCCCAGAAUAAGAGAGGAUGAAAGGGAAUAUCUUCGAGAUGCAAUUAGAAAACGCGAAUGCAAGAUCAAAACACCACCUGUGCCAUGGAAAGAUAUUGUCCGAUCACCGCAAGUUUGGUCGCUUUUCUUUGCUCAUUUUAGCCUUGAUUGGGGCUUCAGAAAUCUAUCUAUAAAUUUACCGUCGUUUAUGGACCAAGUAUUGGGAGUUGAUAUAAGUAAGAACAGCAUACUGUCUGCAAUACCGUUUCUUGCAGUUUGUAUAUUCAUCGCCUUGUCUGACAAGAUAUAUGAUUUUAUAAGAAGACGAAAGCUCAUGACGCCGCUUAAUUUCAAGAGAACUCUCGUCUUUUUCGCUCAAAUCGUACCCGCGGUGUUUUUGGUAGCAGUCGGUCACAUAGGAUGUGACCAUGUGACUCCAGUUCUUAUAUUAACAAUGGCCGCUGGAUUCGGAGGAUUGUCUACUCCCGGGAUCUUGGUUAAUUUUGCGGAAAUUGCUCCUCGGUUUGCGGGAGUUUUAUUCGGUAUGUCGAACACCAUAUCCAUCAUGUCUGGUCAAUUGGCACCGGUAUUAGUCGGCUAUGUUACAGGAAGCAUUUCUGAUCUACGUUAUGCAUGGCAAAUUGUCUUUUAUGUCGGAGCAGCCGUAUCUGCACUUGGAGGAAUUGUGUUUAUGAUAACCGUUAGAGUCGAUGUUCUUCCUUGGGCCAAACUCACUAAGCGUGACAGCGAACUUGAUAGCGAAGACGAAAAUUUAAGAUUGCGUGAGCCGAAUUCUGAAAUGAAAUGGCGUGAAAGUAAACAUAGUAACCUAAACGAUACAACGACUUUGUGACAUUUACGCAAUAUUACGUCGUCUUUCGUAGGAAAACUUUAUUCCUUUGUAAUAGUUACGAAUAUAUUUUCUUUAUUUUUGCUGCUAUUUGGUACCUUACGAAUGCUUCGUAAAUAAUGGAUCGGUUUUUGAUUUGAUGCUGCCUACAUAUUUGGAUGAAUCUUCGCGCAUAGGUGCCAAUCUGCUGCAAGAAAAUAUACAGUGUAAAAUUUACACUGUAAAUAAUAAGAAUUAAUUAUAAAAUUUCCGAAAAUUCCAUUAGUACCAGUUUCUGAUUAUUGAUUUAUUUUUGUGCGUUAUGAAUUUGUAAACGUUAUUUUGCACUUCCAGCAUCAUGAAAUAAAUAUUUUCUUAUGCAAAUAAAACAACUGCCUAGUACAAAUUUUAAGAUAAAGUGCGCUG